AAGUUCAGAGGGGCAAAGACGGGGAGGAGGAGCCACAGUUUAAGUACUGAAGUCAUUAUUGCUUGGAGUCUAUAAAAAGGCAGUUGCACAGUAAGUAAUUUAUACAUGGUCAGCCUUGACUCUAUGGAUUUACUCAUUCCUUUUCCUCUAUUUUUGUCAUCCAUUCCCACCAAGGAGUCCCCAGCCCCCGAUGUUGGGUGAGGAGGUGGGGGCUGAAACUUCUGCUCUCUGGAGGAAAGGUUGCAGGCAAUGAAGAGGAAGAGCAGCUGAAGGAGCAGCUCUGGUAAAUAGGUACAGUUACUUCUUGAUUGCAAACAAAAGGUUACUUUUAAAAACUGAGAAUUAUUUAGCUUGAUAUGCUUUGAAUUUGCAACAAGUCACUGACAAUCAGCUUUAAGUGUUCCCCUUAUUAAGAAUCCGAUGGCUUACAACUUGCCCUGAAUGUUAUUAUUACCAAAAGAACACUGAAUAAAAUACUGAUGAUCUGGAAUAGAAAACUUAUUUUUAUGACAAAAUUCCACCCUUAUCGAUUCUGUAACCUUAGUGUAUCCUGAAAUGCAUGGAUUUGUCAUAGUUAGGUGUUAAUACUGUGUUCUUAGGUGAGCAUGUUAGUAUUGCACAGAUAAGCUGUUUAUAACACAGUUCGUGCAAACUUAAGAAUUACAAAGUUCAGGGAAGCAUUUAAAUCUUUUGCUGAAAAUGUUAAUUCUUAAUUGUGGCAAUAAUUCGAACUUCUACAUAUUGUAUUCAAGUGAGCAGGUCCUGCUGAACCUAAUACUAUAUUUUCCUACAUUUCUGGGGUCUGAGACUUGAGACUUUGAAAAAUGUUUGUUCAUUGUUCAGCAGAAUUUCCAGGACAUUGUGCUCACUUCUGGGGACUGAAUAGAACAAACAAAACUAGGAAUGAAGAGGGGAUGAAUCUCUUCUUUAGUUUGUGGUUUUAAUUUCCCUGUAAGGAUGGGUAGAAAAACUCUGAGCCAAUUGGAGGUUAAUUUAGAAUCAGUAGAGGAAUAUGGUGUGGAAAAGGCAGGAUGUGUACAAGCCAAAUUAAAUAGAAAUGGGUGAUAUUUGUUUUGUCAACUUCUGCCUGUUCUCGUCAUGCUGUAUUUUUUUUGGCAGGGUCUUUUGCCUUUUGGAAAAUGCAUUUACCACACUCCUUGGCAAGUCCCUCAGAAAGAACAGAACGUGUUUGCUUCCAGAGAUGAACACGUCCUCUCAACUGUAUGUUUCUGAACUAAACCUGAGCACCUUUGGCAGCAACUUUACUGUGCCUACUGUCAAGAGCAAGUUAUCACCAUGUGAGCAAGUGGUCAUUGCAGCUGAGGUGUUCCUAACUCUGGGCAUUGUAAGCCUCCUUGAAAAUAUCUUAGUUAUAUGUGCAAUAGUUAAGAACAAGAACUUGCAUUCACCUAUGUAUUUUUUUGUCUGCAGUUUAGCAGUGGCUGACAUGCUGGUUAGUGUGUCUAAUGCUUGGGAGACCAUAACAAUAUACUUAAUAAACAAUAGACACAUAAUUAUGGAAGAUGCCUUUGUCCGCCAUAUAGACAAUGUCUUUGAUUCAAUGAUCUGCAUAUCUGUGGUGGCUUCCAUGUGCAGUUUGCUGGCUAUAGCAGUAGACAGGUACAUCACCAUCUUCUAUGCCCUGCGCUAUCACAACAUCAUGACAGUGAAAAGAUCAGGGCUUAUUAUUGCAUGCAUCUGGACCUUUUGCACGGGCUGUGGCAUUAUUUUCAUUCUUUAUUAUGAAUCAACUUAUGUGAUCAUUUGUCUCAUCACUAUGUUUUUUACCAUGUUGUUCCUCAUGGUCUCCCUGUACAUCCAUAUGUUCCUCCUGGCUCGUACUCACGUGAAGAAAAUAGCUGCUUUGCCUGGGUACAACUCCGUCCGUCAAAGAACCAGCAUGAAAGGAGCCAUCACUCUGACUAUGCUUCUUGGCAUCUUCAUUGUUUGCUGGGCUCCAUUCUUCCUUCAUCUCAUCCUGAUGAUCUCCUGCCCUCAAAACCUCUACUGUGUUUGCUUCAUGUCUCACUUCAACAUGUACCUCAUUCUCAUUAUGUGCAACUCUGUAAUUGAUCCCUUGAUCUAUGCCUUUCGUAGCCAGGAAAUGAGGAAGACCUUCAAAGAGAUAAUUUGUUGCUAUAGCCUGAGAAUGGUCUGUGGGUUAUCAAACAAGUAUUAAGAAAACAAAGCCAAACCAGGGAAGAGAAUUGAAAUGCAACAUCUUGCCGCAUCUUGUAAUUUUGCUGGAAUGCCUAUGGAAUAUCUUUCUCCAUUCAGCUGUCAUGACUUCUGCAGCAAUCAGAAGCCAUUUUUAAAUAUGUGAUUUUACCUUUCUUUCCUUCCACGUACCUCUCUCACACUGGUGGUAGGAGCUACUCGGUAUAUCUGUAUUACAGGAAGAAAGAAUAUUUUGAAUCUCAUUUACCCUACUGAAGAUUGGAUCUUAUAAGAGGAUUAUACAGGGAAAGCCUUAUUUUUCUUUCUGCCAACGAGUGUGACCUGCCAUGCAAAUAAGCCCUUCAGCCUCUCAGUGAGUGUUUCUCUUGAUAUUCUUUGUCUCUCUAGAUACAGCAUAGCUUAUUUUGAUGCCCAGAAUUAACCGUUUUUUCGCUAUUUCCUUCUGGAGACAUAAAAUCAGAGAAGCAACUCCAGUUAUCAGGGUUCAUGUACCUCGCUCAAGAGUUAUGACCAAUAUAUAUACACCUAUCGGCAGUCCUGUAUUCCAGUCAUGACUGUUACUCUCAUAAAAAUACAUAUUAUGUAAGAGGACGGUGUUACAAUGAGAUUUUAAUAUUUAACUAAAUGUGCUCUUACCGUUGUGGGAUAUCACUGUAGGAUGUACCAUAGCUGGAUUUUAAGGCUGAAUAUGCAGACAGAGAUGGUUUUAGUUUGUCUGUUUUCUUUAUUCACCAGGGCUACGGAAGUGAAGUGUACAUGGCCUCUAGAAUAAUGAAAUGUUUUGUGGAGAUAGAAAGACUGGGUGAGUGGCUGCCUUUAUAUAGACAUUAGAAAAGCGUUUCAGCUAGGAGUAGCUUUUGUUACUGGAGGAAGCUGUACUGUAGAUUGCAUCUUUCAAGCUGUGAGAGACAAAACAACUUUGAUGAUCAGAAGGCAUAGCUGGCAAUGGCAAAACAGGGAUUUCAAAAACUCAGCCACAUGUAGCUAUAACAGAGUCCUGACUUUUUCUCCCCAAACAAACAGUUUUUGUCUUCACUGAGAGGAUUUUAAGGUGAGACCCUCAUGCCUUCUGUGUCAGUAAUUUGCAUCUACUCAUGCUCUCAUAAACAUGCUGUUCUGCAAUAGCUGUAUAAUGUGCAAAAUAUUGGAUUUUUCACAGAUGAAGGAAGUGCAACUCUGGCAUUGAUUUCUUGAUGCAAUGGAUGGUACAUAUGUUGUACUGCAAUAUAAGCUAUGAGAAUAUCUCAAGCAGUGGUGCCCUACUUACUAGAUAUCAGAAAAUACCUUGGAAAAAAUGAAUUAUCCUGAAAACUGAAAGAAUAACCCUUGUUGUGCUCGGUUUAGGGAUGCUCUAAAACUGUUGUUGUCAAUAGAACAAUGAUUCAAUGGGCCUCAGGUUAUACCUUCAAGGUGGAAGUCCUGAUCAGGUGUUAUGAAGUUUUUUUUACCAUAAUGGUAGUCAAACAUGGAAACAGGUGACCAGUGGUUGUGCAAUCUCCAUCCUUGGAGAUACUCAGAACUUGACUGGACACAGCCCUGAACAAUCUGCUCUAAGUUGAAAGCUGACUCUAACUUUGGAGUUGGCCCUCCUUUGAAUGAUUUGGAAUAGAUUACCUCCACAGGUCCCUUCCAACCCAAGUUAUUCUGUGAUUCUAUGAAACAGUUUGCAUAUUAUGAUAAAAUUAGUCCGUCC